GCUCCUGACCCGGAAUCGGAUCCUGGUCCCGCCCCCUCCGCCAGGCUUCUUUCUGCAACAGGCGUGGGUCACGCUCUCGCUCGCUCUCCUUCUGCCGCCAUCUUGGUUCCGCGUUCCCCUCACACAGAGUUUUUAAGAAUAUUUGACUCUGGGUUGGGCAGCAGAACGGAUCCCAGUCAAUUCAGGCCUCCUUUUUAUUCCCUUCAGAAAUGCCUGGUGAAGCCACAGAAACCGUCCCUGCUACAGAGCAGGAGUUGCCACAGCCCCAGGCUGAGACAGCUGUGCUUCCUGUGUCUUCAGCCUUGAGUGUCACUGCUGCCUUAGGGCAGCCUGAAUCUACCCUUCCCCCUCCUUGCUCCCUGGCCCCCCAACAAUGCCCUCUGGCAACCCCUAACCAGCCUUCCCCAUUCCUUUCUCCCUCUAGUGUUGUCUCAACCCCUUUUGAAGCUCCUUUUCCCCAGUCAUCCUCUGGAACAGCCCUGCCUUUGGGAGUUUCCCCUUCCCCCAGUGAUACCCCAACUUUCCUACCAAACCUGAUAGGGCCUCCCAUCUCCCCAGCUGCCUUAGCUCUGGCCUCUCCCAUGAUAACUCCAACUGUGAAAGGUGCCCAUUCCUCUUCAGCUCCCUUGGCUCUAGUGGCUUUGGCUCCCCACUCAGUUCAGAAGAGCUCUGCUUAUCCACUUAACCCUCUUAGUUCACCUCCUUUGAUUGCUAUGACUGAGUCAGGGUCAGUGACAUCUCUGUCUGCUCCCAUUGUUUCCUCAGAACCAAAGACCUCUCCUAUCCAAGCUCCUGUGCAAGUAGGCCCUAACUCAAAAGGCAUCCCCAUCCCUCCAGGUAUAGUCAGUGCUGUUCCUUCCCAUCUUGGAACUCCCUUGGCCUCUGUUCAGUGUGGAGUAGCCUCAUGUCCUCAAAUGCCACCCAUCACUCCCCCUCAGUUCAAAGACAUCCCUGUUUGCUCACAAAACCCUGAAGGUCUCAGCCUAAAGGGACCCCUUAGUUCACCUGCUGCGUUAUCUCUUUCCACCCAGUCUGUAUCUAUGGCUCCCAGCGUCCCUCCAGUUUUCCUCACUUCUCUAGGCUCUCAUCUUGCACCUUUACAUCAGAGUUCUCUUGGUUCUCCUAUUCGGCCCUUAGGUCAGACAGGCCCUAAUGUUCUGUCAAAUCCUAAAGUAGAUGCCGUUUCUGCAGAUCAUUUUCCCGUAGGGGCCUCUUACCCCUCUCAGAUUCCUCCCCUUCCUUCCAGAAAUGAGGUGGCUCCUGCUGCUGUGGCUGCUUUUCCAGUGGGGGCUCCAGCUACCCCUCUGGCUCUUUCUGUUGAGAAAGACCCCUCUGCCAUCACUGGCGUAGCUUCCUUCAGCCCUUCUGGCUCAUCAAAUGUAGCUACCUCUUCUCCAUUAUCUCCCACAGCCUCUCUCAUUCCGAAAGGCUCUCCUAAUGCCACUCAUCAUCAGCCUUUGGUGGCCCAAAUUCCUUCUCCUCCAGGGAGUCCAAGCUUGAAAGAAGCUCCUGUUUGUUCUGUUGGAACCAUCCCAUUUGUUAUGACUAACCCCUCUACAGUUUCUGCGGCACCUACUACCUUUGAGGUAGCUACUUGUAGGUCACCUCCAGUUUCUUCAGGCCCCGUAAGUAGUAAGGACUCAGCUUCCCAUACUGCCUUGGUUAUGGCUCCUGUGGCUCCCAGAGUGCUUUCUACUCCGCAAGUAACCCCUCUGGGAAUACCAGUCCCUCCUCCUCUGUCAGCCUCUGAGAACCCCAAAAGUCUCCCUGCAUCAGCAUUGGUAAAGUUACCAACACAAAAAGAUACCCAAAUUGAACCUCUCUCUCCUACUGGAGCCCCUGUUUCCCCAGCACAGGCAGGACUCCCUACCAAGAAAGACUCUACUCUAAUACCACUGGCCCUGGCAACCCCUAAAAAUCCCCCCUCUCCCCAAAGUAUAUCAUCAUCUCUGGAGAUAGCUCUUUCUCCUGAAGCCACUUUAGCAAAGAAAAGCCUUGUAGAGCCUCUCUCUGUAGUUACGCCAGCCAGUACUGCUCCCUCUCCUCUGGGUGUUAACUCCCCAACCUCUAUAAUCAAGACAGAUCCUUGUGCAAGUCCAUACCCCACUAGUCAGCUUCUCAAAAGUUCUCUCACUACGCCAAACAUAGCUGCAUUUCCUCUGGAACAUGCUGCUACUGCAGGCGUGACUCCUACAACUACCAUGGGUACCUCCUCUCCUGCCACUACAGCCAGCCCUUUCCUAGGAGAUGUCUCUCUAGCUCAUAAAAGCCACCCAGAUAAGAAGAGUAGUUCCACUCUUGCUAUUUUACCUUUGGUUCCUCCAGCCUCUGAAAGUUGCCCUGUGGCUCCAACUGUGACUUUAUCCCCCCAGAAUGCUUCCGCUUUUCCAGUUGCCAUGGCACUAGCCCCUGAUAUUCCCAAGUCUGAGCCGUUUCCCUCUCUUCCUCCUCAAGGUGCAAAGAAAGCUCACGGUAUUUCUCAUACCUCUGCAUUGGCACCUGUAGCUGCCUCUCCUGAAGGGCACCCAACCAAGGACUCUGGUACUUCAGUUAAUGCAUCUUCUGAAGGAGCUUACUUAGCUGACUCUCCAUCUCCUUUAGGGACUAGUGUGUCUCCUCAAACUAAAAGAUGUCCAACCAAGAAGGGUUCAACUCCUUCUAUGACUUUAACUCUUUCUCCUCUUUCAAAAAGUGUUCCUGCUAUCCCUGAUAUUCCUGCUGGAAAUCACUCAUCCCCUAUUUCUCCAAUUGAAGCUUCCUUUCUUCCAGAGGCCAGUCUUUCUUUUCAAGUCCCUAAAGGGUCACUGGCCAAGAAGCAUUCUCCCACUCCAUCCCCCAAAGAGACCCCAGAUACCCCAUCGCCCAAAGAGGCCUUCACUCCCUUCACUCCAGCUGUGGUUCCUUCCUCCACCAAAGGAGGCCCAGCAAUCUCAUCCCCCAAAAAGUCGCAAGCAGCCCCAGCCCCCAGAAGAGCCCCAGCUACUCAGUCUCCCAAAGGGACCCCCACUGCCUCAGCUGUGGCUCCUCCCUCCCCCAAAGGGGGCCAAGCAACCCCAUCCCCUAAAGAGACCUCUACUCCCCCAACUAUGACUCCUUCCUCCCCCAAAGAGGCCCCAGCUACCCAACCUCCCAGAGGGGGCCCCACCACCCAAGCUGUGCCUCCCCCCUCCCCCAAAGAGUCCCCAGCUACCCAGCCUCCCAAAAGAGCCCCAACUACUCCAUCUCCCAAAGGGGCCCCCACUGCCCCAGCUGUGGCUCCUUCCUCCCCCAAAGGCGGCCCAGCAACCCCAUCCCCUAAAGAAAUCUCCACUCUCCCAGCUAUGAUUCCUUCCUCCUCCAAAAAACCCCCAGCUACCCAACCUCCCAGUGGGGCCCCCACCUCCCAAGCUGUGCCUCCUCCCUCUCCCAAAGAGUCUCAAGCAGCUCCAGCCCCCAAAAGAGCCCCAGCUACUCCCUCUCCCAAAGGGGGCCCAGCAACCCCAUCCCCUAAAGAGACCUCCACUCUCCCAGCUAUGACUCCUUCCUCCCCCAAAGAGUCCCCAGCUACCCAACCUCCCAAAGGAGCCUCCACCCCCCAAGCUGUGCCUCCUCCCUCUCCCAAAGAGUCUCAAGCAGCUCCAGCCCCCAAAAGAGCCCCAGCUACUCCCUCUCCCAAAGGGGGCCCAGCAACCCCAUCCCCUAAAGAGACCUCCACUCCCCCAGCUAUGACUCCUUCCUCCCCCAAAGAGGCCCCAGCUACCCAAUCUCCCAAAGGGGGCCCAGCAACCCUAUCCCCUAAAGAGAUCUCCACUCUCCCGGCUAUGACUGCUUCCUCCCCCAAAGAGUCCUCAGCUACCCAAUCUCCCAAAAGAGCCCUAGCUACUCCAUCUCCCAAAGGGGCCCCCACUGCCCCAGCUGUGGCUCUUCCCUCCCCCAAAGGGGGCCCAGCAUCCCCAUCCCCUAAAGAGACCUCCACUCUCCCAGCUAUGACUCCUUCCUCCCCCAAAGAGGCCCCAGCUACCCAACCUCCCAAAGGAGCCUCCACCCCCCAAGCUGUGCCUCCUCCCUCUCCCAAAGAGUCUCAAGCAGCUCCAGCCCCCAAAAGAGCCCCAGCUACUCCCUCUCCCAAAGGGGGCCCAGCAACCCCAUCCCCUAAAGAGACCUCCACUCCCCCAGCUAUGACUCCUUCCUCCCCCAAAGAGGCCCCAGCUACCCAAUCUCCCAAAGGGGGCCCAGCAACCCCAUCCCCUAAAGAGACUUCCACUCCUCCAGCUAUGACUCCUUCCUCCCCCAAAGAGGCCCCAGCUACUCCAUCUCCCAAAGGGUCCCCCACUGCCCCAGCUGUGGCUCCUCCCUCCCCCAAAGGGAGCCCAGCAACCCCAUCCCCUAAAGAGACCUCUACUCCUCCAGCUAUGAUUCCUUCCUCCCGCAAAGAGUCCCCAGCUACCCAGUCUCCCAAAAGAGCCUCAGCUACUCAAUCUCCCAAAGGGGGCUCAGCAACCCCAUCCCCUAAAGAGACCUCCACUCCCCCAGCUAUGACUCCUUCCUACCCCAAAGAGUCCCCAGCUACCCAACCUCCCAAAGGAGCCUCCACCCGCCAAGCUAUGGUUCCUUCCUCUCCCAAAGAGUCCCAAGCAACUCCAGCCCCCAAAAGAGCCCCAGCUACCCCACCACCCAAAGAGGCCUCCACUGCCCCAGCUGUGGCUCCUCCCUCCCCCAAAAAAUCCCAAGCAACUCCAACCCCCAAAAGAGCUCCAGCAACUCCAUCUCCCAAAGGGGGCCAAGCAAUCCCAUCCCCUAAAGAGAUUUCCACUCCCCCAGCUGUGGCUCCUUCCUCCCCCAAAGAGUCCCCAGCUACCCAGUCUCCUAAAGGGACCCCCACUGCAGCUCCUCCCUCCCCCAAAAGAACCCCAGCUACUCCACCUCCCAAAGGGGCCUCCACUGCCCCAGCUGUGGCUCCUCCCUCCCCCAAAGGGGGUCCAGUAACCCCUAAAGAGACUUCCACUCCUCCCACUGUGGCUCCUUCCCCCAAAGAGUCCCCAGCUACCCAACCUCCCAAAGGGGCCCUCACUCCCCCAGCAGUGACUCCUUCCUCAAAAAAAGCCCCAGCUGCCCCAUCUGUCAAAGGGUCCCUUACUCCCUCAGCUGUGACUCCUUCCUCCCACAAAGAGUCUCUGGCAACUCCAGCCCCCAAAGGGGCCCCAGCAACCCCAUCUCCCAAGGGGGCCUCCACUCCCCCAGCUGUGACUCCUUCCUCUCCCAAAGAGUCUCUGUCAACCCCAGCCCCCAAAGGGACCUCAGCAACUCCAUCCUCCAAAAGAACCCCAGGAGGAACCCCAGCCUCCAUAGCAACUCCAUCCCCCAAGAGAGCCCCAGCUACCCCAUCCAGAGGUGCCCCCACUCCUUCAUCUGAGAUUCCUCCCUCCCCCAAAGAGACCCCUACUUCUCCAGUUUCAGUCACAUGUCCCUUGGGGUCCAUUGCCCCUCAGGCUUCUAAAGGCCUACCAGUAAAGAAAGGCUCCACAGCUCUCAAAGCAGGACUUGUUGCCCCAGCUCCAGAAAGUGCACCAGUUGUCACAGCUCCCUCUGAGAAAGGUCCACUGGCCAAGAAGAGUUCUACUACUUCACCUCCUCUGUGCCCAGAUCCUUCAGCUAAGAACGGUACUAAAGGACCCCUUUCUACAAUGGGUCCAGCCCCGCUGACAGUCUCUGCUCAGAAAGUCUCUUCAAAGACUCCCAAAACCCUCUCUGUUUCUGCAUUAAAAAGCAAAGAUUCUUUUCAUUCCCCAAAGAGCCCUUUGACUCUUCCUCUUGAGCGUGUGACGUCUACUCCGCUAGCAACCGUUUCCUCUGAGAAGGUCCUUCCUAAAGCUGGAUCAGCAUCUAUCCCUCCAGCACCCACCCCAUCAGUCUCUCUGCCUCUCGCUCCCUCCCCAGUUCCCCCUCUGCCUCCUAAACAGCAAUUUCUGCUGGAAUCACCCUGUAAGCCCUCAGCCCCUGCUGAUGAGGAUGAACUGCCGCCUCUGAUUCCCCCGGAACCAAUCUCGGGGGGAGUGCCUUUCCAGUCGGUCCUCGUCAACAUGCCCACCCCCAAACCUGCUGGGAUCCCUGCCCCAACCCCCUGUGCCAAGCAGCCUGUUCUGAAGAACAACAAGGGGUCUGGAACAGAAUCUGACAGUGAUGAAUCAGUACCAGAGCUUGAGGAACAGGAUUCCACACAGGCAACCACACAACAGGCCCAGCUGGCAGCAGCCGCUGAAAUCGAUGAAGAACCAGUCAGUAAAGCAAAACAGAGCCGGAGUGAAAAGAAGGCACGGAAGGCUAUGUCCAAACUGGGUCUUCGACAGGUUACAGGGGUUACAAGAGUCACUAUCCGGAAAUCUAAGAAUAUCCUCUUUGUCAUCACAAAACCAGAUGUCUACAAGAGCCCAGCUUCAGAUACCUACAUAGUUUUUGGGGAAGCCAAGAUCGAGGAUUUAUCUCAGCAAGCACAACUAGCAGCUGCUGAGAAAUUCAAAGUUCAAGGUGAAGCUGUCUCAAACAUUCAAGAAAACACACAGACUCCAACUGUACAAGAGGAGAGUGAAGAAGAAGAGGUUGAUGAAACCGGUGUAGAGGUUAAGGACAUAGAAUUGGUCAUGUCACAAGCAAAUGUGUCAAGAGCAAAGGCAGUCCGAGCCCUGAAGAACAACAGUAAUGAUAUUGUAAAUGCUAUUAUGACCUUCCACCUCGCCCAUGGCUUCACUAAGCACCUCCCGCGGGCGCUGGAUCUCCAUCGGCACCUCCGGCUUCCUCGGCCGCGUGUUCUCCAGCUCCAUCCGCUUCUCCAGAGUCAGGUCUUGAGGUCUCCCAGGCACUACCCGCCACUGCGGCUAGGAAGGCCCGCGGGGAGUCCAGGACAAUCCUGUAGGUCUGGCCUGGAUCCACGUUGGCCCGCAGGCUCAGGCGAGCCCACUCAAACUCCCCAGGAGCCACUGCCUCCUUUUCUGUGCCAGUCUUCCAUGCUGAAAUCUCUCCCUUAGUCUCUCAGCCUCCCUGCCAGUAGGGAGUUUUGCAUCUGUAAGUGAGAUUGGUCGCUAGUUCUCUCUACAAAAAACAAAAAAACUAUAGCAAGCUAUAGUGGAGAAGAUGGAAUCGCUGUGAUGUAACAAAAAGAACAUAACUUUAUAAAUCCGAAGAUGACAUUUAGCGUUAAAUAUUUACUAGCAAGCCAAAACAAAACAAUUUUAAAAACCUAAGCACUGUGUUCUAUGAUUCCACCAUGGUUUGGCAUGAAGCUUCAAACAAGAUAAAUGCAGUAAUACAACAAAAUUUAGGAUUUUAUUACCCUUAGUGUUGGCAUUAGGCAACCACAAACCUUCCACCACAAUGGCAAGACACUGAACCUUUUAGAUAUCGUGUGUCAGGUUCCAUCCCUAAAGACAUAGGCUAUAGGUCUUCAUAGAUUUUUUUUUUAAGAUUUUAUUUAUUUAUUUGACAGAGAGAGAGAUAGCGAGGGCAGGAACACAAGCAGGGGGAGUGGGGGAGAGAGAAGCAGGCUUCCCGCUGAGCCGGGAGCCAGUCGCUGGGAUCGAUCCCAGGACCCUGGGAUCAUGACCUGAGCCAAAGGCAGAUGCUUAACGACUGAGCCACCCAGGCGCCCCGGUCUUGAUAGAUUUUAACUGAAACGCUUUUGUGUUUUAUCCCUUCGUGUACUAUUACCAAUUCAUAUAAGCAUGAAAAGCAUUUUUAUUUUAUGUUAUUUUAUUUAUUUGACAGAGAGAGACACAGCGAGAGAGGGAACACAAGCAGGGGGAGUGGGAGAGGGAGAAGCAAGCUCUCCACUGAGCAGGGAGCCCGAUGCGGGGCUCGAUCCCAGGACCCUGCGAUAAUGACCUGAGCUGAAGGCAAACGCUUAACCACUGAGCCAUCGAGGCGCCCCAAAAGCAUUUUGAUUAUUUUAGCUAAUCCACAGCACCCCUAUUUUCAGCAAUGAGAGCCCAUCCCUAAUGUCCAUUAUUCCAAUUAACAAUCCAUUAAUGUCUCCAAUAUAAAUUAAUUUCUGUCAUUCAUUGGUUUAAUAAGCAAAAUAUCUAAUGUUGAUUAGAGUUAAGAGGACUGAAGUGCUUCUAGCAAUCCCUCCGGCAUGUGAAUUCCCAAUUAAAAUGCUAGCUGCACCUAGAGUAUAAUUUUAACCAAACACACCCAUAAUAUUUUAAUUUCUGUAUUGAAAUAUUUUAAACUAAAUUAUAGAUAUUGUAACACCAGAUUCAAAUACCAAUUCUGCCACUUAAUAGCUAUGUGAUAUUGGGUAUGAAUGUAAUUCAAUCCCCUUGAGACUCAGUUUCUUAACAUGUAAAUGGGGGAUAAUACCUGGCAGAAUGGUGAGAAUUAUAUAGUGGAUAUGAAAAGGCAAUAUAAACUCUGAAAUAGUCUACAAAUUUUAGGUAUUAUUAUUGAAUAAUAAUACCUCAAAUAGAAAUUAGGUUCUGUUGAGUUCCUUUGAGGAUUUGGAAGAUUAGGCGAUCUCUAAUGCUCACCUAUUGUAAAUAUUGCAGUUUUGAUAUUCUCUUUGCUUGUCAACAAAGACAGGGAGAAAAGCAAAAUAAGUAAGUUUUGAGGUUCUUAACCCAGAAGGCCAAAAUAAUUACCUUAGACUGGCACUGGGGCCAUAACCCUCCCCGACACUAUUCCAGUGGAAGAUUCUCUGUUAUAUGAGGGCAGACUUAAUAGAUUUAAUAAGAAUAACUAAUAUUGGGCGCCUGGGUGGCUCAGAUGGUUAAGCGUCUGCCUUCAGCUCAGGUCAUGAUCCCAGGGUCCUAGGAUCGAGUCCCGCAUCGGGCUCUCUGCUCCUUGGGAGCCUGCUUCUCCCUCUGCCUCUCUCUCUCUCUCUCUCUGUCUCUCAUGAAUAAAUAAAUAAAUAAAUAAUCUUUUAAAAAAAAAAGAAUAACUAAUAUUUAUCCAGUGUUUACUAGAUUCCAGGCAAUGUGCUAAGUAUAUUAUCUUGUUUAAUCCCCACAAUAACCCAAUAAAGUAGGUAUUGUUUUUUAAGCCCAUUUUAAAAUGAGGAAACUAAGGGGGCGCCUGGCUGGCUCAGUCAGAAGAGGCUAUGACUCUUGAUUUCAGGGUUGUGAGUUGGAUCCCCACGUUGGGUGUAGAGAUUAUAUUAAAAAGAAAAAAUAAGUGAGGAAACUAAUGGGGCACAUGGCGGGCUCAGUUGGUAGAGCAUGUGACUUUUGGUUGUGAGUUCAAGUCCCACUUUGGGGGUGGAGCCUACUUUAAAAAAAAAAUGAGGAAACUAAAGCUUAGAGAAAUUAGGUAACUGCCCAAGUGAUUGUUCAAGGAUUUGAACUCAAGCCGCUGUUCUUACAAAAAAAAUUUUUUUGAGAUUUUAUUUGACAGAGAGAGCACAAGCAGGUGGAGAGGCAGCCAGAGGGAGAAGCAGGUUCCCCGCUGAGCAAGGAGCCCAACGAGGGGCUCGAUCUCAGGACCCUGGGAUCAUGACCUGGGCCAAAGACAUCCGCUUAACCGACUGAGCCACCCAGGUGCCUCUCAAGCAGUUGUUCUUAACCUACAUUCUGAAUACAACAGUUCAUAUAUAAAUACUAUAUCUAUAUGGAUAUCUAUAUAUUUUGUACAACAUAUGAAUUUUCCCUCACAUCCUGGGCUUAAGAACAAGGGGGCAGACAAAAAUGCAUGAUGUUGCUUUCCUUUACUGAAAACAAACAUAUAUUCAUUCAUUUAUACAUUCAGCUAGUUUUUCUGGGGAAAUUCAAGAAUAUUAACCACAAAAGCACUGUAGAAGCAUACCUAUACUGCUUUUUCUGUGUUUCAGCUCAUGUUUCUCCUCUUUUCUCAACUUCAAGUUCUUUUCCCCCUUUUUAGUCUUCUCUUUCCUCAUGUGUGAUAGAUUGUCUGCAAAGAUGAUGACCAGUAUAGUUCCUCCCAUUCCUAUAUACACCUACUGCUCUUCUCAUCAAGAGGUGGCAUCUAUCCCCUCCCCCCCCCCACCCCGCCUUGAAUCUGGACUGGCCUUGUUACUUGCUUUAACCAUGAGAAUGUGGUGGAAAUAAAGCUGGGACAGUUUGAGAGUCAGGACUCAAGAGACUUGGUAGUUUUUACUUUUCACUUCCUUGGAGCCUUGUAGAGAAGUCCAGCUAUCCUGCUGGAGAGAUUAUGUGGAGAGAAAAGUUCCAGCCAACAGCAGGCACCUGCUGACCAAUGUGUGAGGCUAUAUUGGAUCACUCAGACUUAGUCGAGCCUCUAGAUGACUGUCACAUGAGUGAACCCAGAGGAUACCACAUGGAGCAGAAAAGCCACAUAGUUGUGGCCAGCCAACACACAAAAUAGUAAGAAAUAAUAAAUUGUUGUUUAAAGCCACUUUGUGGUGUUUUUUUAUGCAGCAAAGGCUAUUUAUUUGCAAUAUGAUGGGCCAGAAACAUUUAGAUAGAAUGGCCAGUCACAUCCUUCAGAGAUGUCUUCAGUUAAAGAGAUGACUGUUUUAGUGAUAUCUACAAAAGAGCUUGAAGCAGUAAAGUAAAAUAUGUGGCUGAUUUGGGUUUGUCUUAUCCAAUUCUAGAUCAACUAGCAUAAAGAAAAGAAAACUAGAUACUAAGAUCUUUCAUUUUUUUCUGACCACAAUAAGAAAACAUGAGCAUGUCUCAUUUUGUCCAAUAUUACAUCUGUUGGACUUGAGCCAAACAGGAAAACAGGUUCUCUGACAUAAACAUCUUCCUCCUUGAAUUUGUCUUUAAGGUGCAAAGAGGCUGCUUCCUUCCUCUGAGAGUUAGAAGCCUACACUUACAGGAUGGAGAAUAUACCAAAAUAUCAAGCUUCCUAGGAGCUGCACUUAGAAAUGUAGUCAAUUCUCAAUUGUCCACGUAAUGGAAGUUAAAGCCAGUAAAAUAUAGUUUAAAACUUAUCUGAGGAAUAUACCGAAGUUCACUUUUCUCAUUAUAUUUUACCCAUGGCAUGUUAUUAAAAUUGACAUCUCAUUCCCCCCAAGCCCAAUAGGGAAAGGAGGCCCCAAAAUAUUAGGGAAAAAACAUUGUAUUUUAUUUUAUUUAUUUUUAAGUAAGUUCCACGCCCAGAGUAAAGCCCAGCACAGGGCCCGAACUCAAUGACCCUGAGAUCAAGACCUGAGCUGAGAUCAAGAGUCAGAUGCUUAACCAACUGAGCCACCCAGGCACGGCCAAUAACAACAAAAAAAUUUAAUUAAAAUAGUUUCAACAAGGGCGCCUGGGUGGCUCAGUUGGUUAAGCGACUGCCUUCGGCUCAGGUCAUGAUCCUGGAGUCCCUGGAUCGAGUCCCGCAUCCGGCUCCCUGCUCGGCAGGGAGGCUGCUUCUCCCUCUGACCCUCCCGACCCUCCCCCC